GCCUGUCCUCCCGGCUGGCCCAGUGGUGCCAACCCCCGCUGCUGACGUGGUCCCCGCCUCGCGCCACACGCGGUGCCUCUCACCACGCACGAACUGUUGGCUGCUCUGUAUAAACAUUCACUCUCACGAGGAAGAAAACCUCAAAGUUAAGAUGGGCACAAUCAAGCCCCUAGUGUCUGAAACCCUACAUCUCAUCGCGGAAUUCAUCCAGGAGGUGAGGCACGCCCCUAGGCUCCGUCAUGCCCUGCCACCAGGUCAAGGCGGGGCGGACCAGGCUGAGGGGGCAGAGUUGGUGAAUGGCCACAGUCUCACGUAUCAGCUGAGUGAGGGGGAGGCCAGCUGCAGCAUCUCAGCAUACAUCUUGAGUCUAGAAAAGUUGAUAUCCAAUCUGAAGACUAUUGUUCUCAACUUGAAGAGCAAAACAGCAUCGCCAUCCAUCAGUAAUGCCCACCAGUCUGAAGUGUCUUCUGACAAUGACAGUUCAGAGGAAUCUCAAGAAAGUCCUGGUGAGGGAGGUGAAAUUUCAGGAAGCCAGAUGUCCACCACCCCACAGUAUGCACUUCCUGCAGCAGACAUCAAAGCUUCUCUUGACAAGCAUCCAGCACUGGACACCAUUGUUGAGGAUGCUGGCAAUACCACAAGCAUGGUGCUGCCCCCAAACAGCAUCACCUCCAUUCCUUCAUCCAGCACUUUGCAAGAGAGCCUGAUUCCUGCAUCCUUUCCUGCCACCUUCACCUCAGAACACCAGCCACCACAGAUAAGAAACAUGGCAGACCCAACUCUGAUCCUUGAUGGCCCUGUGAAUGUGGAUCAGUCAUACACUGAUGCUACAAGGAACCAGGAGGAUCUAGGACAGUUUCCCUCUUGCAUUAAGUGUGGGGAGAGCCUGUCUUCUGAGGGUGAGGCAACUUCAUCAGGUGGCAAUGGAGUACUGGAUACUUGUUCCCAGUGUUCCAGUAUUGCAGAUUCUGUCUCAAAGCGCAGAAGACGAAAAACUAUGCAAGAUGACACACCUGGCCUUGAUUCAUGUGGAGUGGACAGCAAGGCAUUUGAAAGUUCAUCCAAGAAACACUCAUGUGAAAAGUGUGGAAGAGUGUUCUCCAAGUGGAAGCAUUUGUCCAUUCAUUGUACCAAGGUGCACAUGGAUGAGGAUGGUGGUGAAGCAGGAAAUUCUGAACUCAUGAGCAGCAACACCCUCCCUCUGUAUUGUUGCAAGACCUGCAACUUGGCAUGCCUCUCCGUGAACUCCUUCAACACACACAACUGCCGCUUGCCAACAGACGAUGACAACCCAGCCUCCACACUCUCAAACAGGAUCUUAAUCACUAAUGUGCUGAAGCUACACAAGCUCCGAAAGUUUGUGUGUGAGGUGUGCGGUGUAGAGUACCGGACCUUCAAGCGUAUCACAUACCACCUGCCCCGCUGCUCCCCUGGGCCUUACCCCUGCAAUGUGUGCACACUGAUGUUUGCCACGCAGAAGGAACUCAACUAUCACAAAAGGAAGAUGCACAAAGAUGAAAAGUGCUUUGUGUGUGACGAGUGUGGGAAGUCAUUCCAGCGCAGAACGUCACUACAGAAGCAUGCCAUCAACUGGCACGAGUCAAGCAGUGCUGUGGGGCCUUUCAAGUGUGACCUCUGUCCAAAAAAGUUCAUUCGCAGAAUAUACUUAACAAACCACAAGCUAAGGAUGCACGGCCUAGACAAGAAGUUCCUCUGUCAGGUUUGUGGGAAUAAGUUCAUGACUCAGAACUCCCUUAUGACCCACAUGGAGGUGCACAGUGACCAGAAGAAAUUUGAAUGUUCCUUCUGUAAAAAGAAGUUCAAGAGAAAGGAGAAGCUGAAAUACCAUGAGAGGAUACAUACUGGUGAGAGACCCUACCAGUGCCAGCUGUGUUCCCGUGGGUUUGUCAGCAAGACCAAGCUGGACGAUCACGUCAGCCGGCACCUUGGGGACCGGCGGUACCGCUGCUCCUUCUGUACCAAGACUUAUGCUGGAGCCUAUGACCUCAAACAACACAUCAGGAAGGUGCAUGACAAGCCGUGUGACAAGGUGGCUGUAACUGUUGUGGCCCCAAGCCAGACCAACACUAGCAGCAACAAUCUUACACAGGUGCAGGUUUUGGAUCCUCUAGCCAUUGCUACAGCUGCUUCAGGCCUGAAGGAGGAAGAGGUGGUGACCUGUGGAAGCAGCACCAGCUCACUCCCACAGCCUCAGGGCAGCACGUCACUACCCACACUGGAAGAAGUUGGAGGUGGCAUGGUUGGGGGUGGGCAGUACAUCACCAUGAGUGGGCAGCAAACAGUUACCAUUCCUGUGGUGGGCAGCGUGCAGGGACACAUCCCCUCCAUUGGUCAUGUGGUGCAGGUGUCGGGUUCUACUGUCCCGCUGACCGGGGUGGGAACUGCUCUUGGCACCGGAGGAACAUCAGUCCAGACAGUGCAGGCGGUGCAGACCAUACCAGGCGUCACCACUACUGAGUACUCUGUCCAGACACUCCCUCCACAGGCAGUGCAUGCCCCUCAGGGUUACAUCUUCACACAGGGUUUUGAUAUGGUUAGUGGCACAUUGCAGUACUGAAAGAACACCAAGUCACCCAAGGUUCAAAUCUUGGGGUGUUGUGGAGACUUGAGUGCUCCUGGAGUAUCAUAUCAGUUAUUAUUCUAGUCUGUCCUGUGCCAGAGAACCAGGAAUGCUAGUGAGGCCUUGAUGAAAAUAAUAAUUAAACUAUGUAUUCUAAUUUUCAACACUAUAUAUAUAUAUAUUCAUACAUAUGCAAUUUAUAAUACAUACAAAUUAUGUCUCAAUACUAUAUUAGAGAAUGGCUUCAUAAGCAGGUAGUAAAGAUCACAUCAUUUUGUCUUGGAUGAUGAAAGAAAGUACUGCUUUCUUAACAAGGUGGCUAGUACAAAAGUGUACAACAGCAAUGAGCCACACACUACUGCUGAGCCACCUUCCUCCUUGCCAUAGCAAAGAAAUAUGUACUUUAUUCUGAGAAAUCUCUCAGUUGUAGACUCAUUGGUGACAUCACCAUGCUGGCAAAUUACUCCUUCAUUUAAUGUUAAGUUUUAUUGCAUAUUUAUUUAAAUCUAGUCAGAUACUGGCAGAUUUUAUUGAAAUUUGUAAUAUGAUAUGAUGGUCUUUACUUGUAGUGCAUACUGUAGCAAUGAUUUCCACACAUGUGUUAGAGAGAUUGAACUGUGUGUUAUGAGUGGUGCAGUGGUGUGUUAGAUAUCCAUCAACCCAUCAUCACUGGAAGAUCAAGGAACACUAUGCAGGAGUUGCAGUGAGUAUAUAAUAUAGUCAUAUGAACAUUUUUAUUGUGUACUUGUACCUCAUGUUUUGUAUAAGUAUUCAAGCAGUUCAUGUUGAUUGCUUGGCUGUUUGUUAUGUGAAUCCAGGCCAUCCUGGACAGCGAAGGUCAUGAGAGUGCAAUGAACAAAGAAUGGACUUACAGAGGAGAGAUGUGGGGAUGUGAUGGUGGUAGUGAGGGACCAUCUUUUAUAUUUUUUUUUCCGUAAAUGACACUGAAUGGAUCCAUCUGCCAACAUUUGUAUGUACUAAUUGUGUGUGCAAUAUUCAUGUAAUUACACAUACUAUAAAGAGAGCCACCAGUUGUACACAUUCUUUCAUCAGCAUUCACUUGUUUAUUUUAUUUAUUUAUUUAUUUAUGUAUUUAUUAUUAUUAUAUAUUUUUUAGAUACUUUCCCCAUACUGUUUCCUCUAAAAUAAUUAUGUUACAUUGAAUACACCAUAUUAUUUAUGUGCUAAGUAUUCCUACAUUAUGGUCUGUAUUGUAUUUCAUGAAGUUCACUGCUCUUAGACAUACUGUCAGGGGUGUAACAGCAAUAAUGUGUUGUGGUAUGCUACUUUUUAAGUUUUAGAAUUCUUGUGAUGGAAAUAUUGCCUUAAGUCCAGGUAAUGUAAGAGUGGCACCAGUGGUGCAGUAUACAGUAGCAAGCACGCGUCUCCAUCAGUGACAUAACAUGAUUUGAGACGUGGCAAACACCCUUUACGAAUUUACCGAAACGUGGCGUUCGUUCUCCCUAGGCUUAUGUAGUGGAAGAAACCCAGUGGAGAUUGAAACAUUUUAUAAUCUCUUCAAAAUCUUAUAAACUGUAUCUUUGUCCAGAGUCCACAUUUCACCAAAAUUUCAUUGAAAUACAUUAGUAACUUUCUUAUGUACCUUGCAAAAAGAUAGACAGAUAGACAUACAUAAUUUCCGCCAGCUUAUUAUCUCCGCCUGUGUUGGCAGAGGUGAUGGCCCAGAUGGUAGCAUGUGGCAUGUGGGUGGCAACACUGUAAGUGCAAGUUUUCGUAACACUUACGUAACUACCAUCAGCCAGUGCCCGAUGACUUAUAGCCUUAGAGAAUGGCAACAUGGGUCUUGCAUAAAUGUGUGACGACUUCAGUGCAAGGAAAUGGCAGCACAUGUAAUGAAAAGAACAAUGUAAUACAUGUGUUACAAAUUUGUAUCACUGUUUACACGAAUGCAACAAUGACAGGGAAUAUGUAUAGCUUACACCACUAACUUAUUGUCAACUACCAUUUCCUGUCAUUUAUAGAAUCAGCAUGUCUUAAAAGGUUUGUGAGUUUUGUACAGACUCUAUAUAUACGUAUGAUAAGGAAAAAAAUAAAUUAUAUUUUGUUAAUA